GUGGAAUUGAGUUGAAGUUGAGUGAAGCUGAAGAGGUUUUAAGUUCUAAUGAGGCACAACUACAACUCCCAUGUCCAUUCACCCUUUCGACAGAUGCACACUCCGUGUAGAAGUCGAGCCAGCAAGAUAGCCUGCACCUAGCAUUCUUUCCCGAAAAACAAGCACUGUACUGGGAGCAUGACAGGUCAGGUCACCUUCCGCAAGAACACGAUGCAACUCCUGGAGUGUCACCCACACGACCCUUUUUCUGUGUAUAAUUGUUGCCGGAAUAAAAUUUCAAUACUUGUUGUUGAUGUGAAGCUUUUGAAACCCCAAAGCACCAGAACCAACCUCCUCCUACGGCAGUUUUAUCUGUUGAGUAUUCUUUUUUCUAGAAUUUCUCAUACUGCUCUUAGAAGGACUACUUCCUCGACGCCCACAAACAAUGAUGUAGCGCAUCGAAGGUCGUUUGACAUUCUCUGCUUGGAGCCAUCGAUUGAAACCGGCACCUCCCCGCAGCCGCACCUCGCUACCACAAGCAAGCUGUACUGGAGCACGAAGCGUGUACUUAGCUGCAGACAGACGCCGGUGCAGGAACGACAUCAAACAACGGACAGUGGAGUAGUUGUAGUUGCAGCAGCGCGGUAG